CAACGGCAGUCCUCAAAGGAAUCUUUCCGGUAUCAAGGAGUUUGCAACCUCGCACCCGUACCAACACUGGAGCGUUGCUCUGGCGCAAAACAUACGGCAGCAUUACCAUCAUGGGCCUAGAAGACGACGCGCCGCCGCCGUAUAGCCGCUAUCCCGAGCCAGAACCAGCCGGGAGGCUGAGCGUCGCGCCGGACCUGCCGCCGGCGCUCCCGCCGCGACCUCAACAGGCCCCGCGGCGCACGUCUUUCCCGUCACCGCCGGCGGCCGCCGCCGCGGGCCCGCAGAAGUUCCCCGCGUUCUGGACGCUGCGGCGGCGCGGCGGCGCGAGGGACGAGUACUACAUCGCGGCCGACGGCGACCCGUCGCGGGCCGUCUUCGCCGUAACAUCGCACGCGCCGGACGCCGCCGGGCGGCAGCCGCACCUGACGCUGCACGACGGGCCCGGUCGCGACGCCCCGCCCCUCGCGCGCGGGGGCCCGCACAAGACGCUCGCCGGCGGCGUCCACUCCGUGCUCUUGCUACCCGGCGCUGGUAGCGGCGUCGCGCCCGAGGAGCCGCUGCGCACCGUGAUUAGCUGGCCUCACAUCUCGUACGCGUUCGACGCCGACGUCGGCACCGCCGAUCCUAGCCGCUCUGGAUGGCUGCGGCGCGAGACCUUCGAGUGGCGGCAUAGCGCCGGCUCGGCUGUCGCGUCGCUCGACGCCGCGCCGGUGGGGUGGAAACUCAUCCGGACCUCGCCCGACCCGCCGCCCGGUAUCAGGAGCGACGACUGGGCUUUUCUAAGUGGUGGGGAGUUCUCGAGCGAUGGGAAGGAGAUCGUUGCCGUGUGGGCGGACGUGAGAGGUCUUCGUCCGGGACCGAGUGAGCUCAUGAAAUUUCGAUUCUUAGGUUCAGGAGCCAGUGGCGUUCUGGGUGAGCGCUGGGCGACCAUGGCCGCAAUAUCUGCGAUGAGGAUGUGGCAGCAAGGGGAGAUGGCGAGGCGAUGAGAGAUGCCCGGGCUGGGAUCUCGCCUACCUAAUCCGCAAGUGUCCGGCGAGGCCACGGGCUGUCCUAUAUUACGAGGCCCGGCUAAGAGGAAGUCACAACGAGGUCUGGGCUCAGGUCUGCCGUAGACGCCGCCGUGUAAUACACUCGGCUACCCCUUUGCUUCUGUUACCGCUGGGGAUUUCUUAACCGGCUGGACUGGGUUAAACCGUCAAAUACGAGCUUAUUAGGUCGGGGUAUAGCCCCUCAUGGCGGGCGCCAGGCCGUGACUAGGCGAAAUUGCCCUGCAGACAGCCCAUAGAGUGUGC